ACGGGCGGGCAUUCAGCACUCAAAAGUCUCAACGUUGUCGACGAUCUCAAUUUUCGAUUCAAGAGAUCCGAGUUCAGGACUCAGGUCGCCAGCCCGGGACACAGGCGAUUCAGAGACGCCGACCCAGGUCACGCAGCGCACCAGCCGCCAGUCCGGGACGCCACCCUCUUGGCCUCUUCCAAUUCCAAUUAUCACUGCAAUUUUAAUUUUUAAGAAAGAGCUUCCUUAACUCGCAGAUCAACAGGCUCUGUAGUGUCAACUGUGUACUCUCACGCACGAUGAAGCUCUCUUUUACUCUCCCAUCAAAGCCAUCUUCAAGCGUAAAGAAACCAUCCCAGUCCAUCAUUGUUGAAGACCGAGAAGUUGCAGCGUCCACCGCCAAAGAGUUCGUGACGGAGUUCGAUUCCUCAAAAGCUCCGGCCAAAGCAGACUCUUACUCCAAUGUUGUAAUCCCUCCCAUUGCAAACGAAUGGGAGCCUCGCAAACGGAUGAAGAAUCUCGACCUACCUUCACUCAGAUCGGCCGACGAUCAGCCGUUGCUAUUCGAGGUAGACACCGGCUCAUCUGUUGAACCCUCAUCUGAAUCUGUGUCCUACGGCUUAAAUAUCCGCAAGUCGAUCGGAAAAAGUGCCGAUGAUGUGAACUCGGACGGGCCACAAAACCCUAAUCCUGACUACACGUUACGUAGACUAAAAGAGGAUCUGAAGAGGCUUCCUGAUGGUAAUAGUAUGGAUGUGUAUGAUGAAAUGCCCGUGGAGAACUUUGCAACAGCUUUGCUCAAGGGGUAUGGUUGGUAUGAAGGCAGAGGUGUUGGCCGGAAUGCGAAAGAGGAUGUGAAAGUGGUAGAAGUCAAAAAAUGGUCCGCAAAGGAAGGGAUUGGUUUUGCUGCUGCAUUACCACAGACUGACGGGGGUAAUAAAGCCCAGAAGAAUGGCAGUGAUGAAAAGAGAGAUACCAAAAAUCCAAAUGGGAAGGAAUUACGAAGGGAAAAAGAUGAUAAAGAACUGUUUUUGGGUAAGCACGUGAGGAUAGUUGGAGGUAGGGAAAUGGGGAUGAAGGGAAAGGUACUGAAGGUGAAAAGCAAUGGGAAUGUGGUUAUAAGGCUUUCCAAUGAUGACAGGGAGGUGAUUGUUCAAGCUUCUGAUGUUGCUGAGUUUGGUUCUGUUGAAGAGGCGAAAUGUAUGAGGAAGUUGAAGGAACUUAAGAUUCAAGAAAGCAAUGAAGAUUCAUCACGCAUUAGACAUCGCAGUGAACCAAGGGAAGAACCUAGGAGGGAUAGGAAAGUUAGGGAUGAUAGACCAACAGACAGGAGAAAGGAGAACAAACGAAGUAGAGACGAGUCAAAUGGAAAGAGAGCUGAACAAAUUUCUUGGCUAACCAGUCAUAUAAGAGUUAGGAUUAUAAGUAAGGAUUUGAAAGGGGGGGAGUUAUAUUUGAAGAAAGGAGAAGUCCUGGAUGUGGUCGGACCAUCAAUGUGUGAUAUAUCAGUGGAUGACAGUCGGGAGUUGAUCCAAGGUGUGAAUCAGGACCAGCUUGAGACCGCCCUCCCAAAACGUGGCGGUCCUGUCCUUGUUUUGUAUGGAAGGAAUAAGGGUGUGUUUGGAAGCCUUGUGGAGAGAGAUAGUGAGACAGAGACAGGUGUUGUCCGAAAUGCAGAUACACAUGAGCUGCUUAAUGUGCGGCUUGAGCAAAUCGCAGAAUAUACUGGAGAUCCUGGCGACAUUGGCUACUAACCUAUAUCCUUACAAAUGUUGCUGGUUGGUGAUGGAUUGCCAAUUGAAAUCAAAGGCGCUGAAGCGUAGAGGCGAAGGGCGGUGGGCACAAGGCGUUGGUGACGCGUACACUUCAACUUCACCACAAGUUAGGCUGAUUUUUAAAAGCCUGGUCCCUGAAUUUAAUUUUUGUCAACAAAUUCCCCCCUAAAACUCUAAAACCCAGAAUCCGAAAUACUUGUUAGUAAACAUUCAAGACUUCACUUCAAUACUUCACCCAUCUGCCAUCUUUGUCAAAGUCAUCGGUUCUUAGUCACCUUCCACUAUUCCUAGCUCCUACGAGAUUCACGACCAAAAUAGAGACUUCAGGAGCGGCUCUUCAACCAAAAAAGGAAAGUGUGUAAAAGAUUGUGAAACGGAGGAAGUAUUAGUUUACGGUUUAGUGAGCUUCAGGGUCUGCUCUCCUUCCAUUCCGUACCUUCGGCAUAACCCAUACUGCUCCAGGCCGGUACAUCACACAUUAUUCCGUUCUGUUUGGGGAUAAAGAAGAAGGGUGUAGCAAACAAUAGUUUCCCCCACUUCAUUGUUUGCAGCUCCUCUGCUGCGUCAAUUAUGGAUGGUGGAGAGUGGCAGAAUCACAUGCUUUCCUUCUAUUUCUAUUGUAAAUAUCUUGAGAUGGAAUGUUUCCAAAAGUUUCUCAAUUCAUCGGCUGCCUCACACAGUAAAUUUCAUUAGCUUGGUCCACUCCCGGUGAAUACUUCUAUUUCAUACGCUUUUCCAUAUAUGUUAUCACAUAUCCUUGUUCUGUUAUUUUCCAUUUUUUGUUGCCAGUUUAGAAAAUAUGUUUCACAGGUUACUUAAAUUCUGCAUCCAACUUUAGAAUAUAGUGUUCUACUUAUCUACUUAUUUGCUAUGUGGAUAGCACUAUUGAACUAUGUUCAAAUGCACUCUGUCAAAUUAAUGCUAAUAAAACAUACAAUUAUAGUGCC